UUGUUUUACCGUCAACAUAUUUCAGUGUUUACAACAGGGAAACCAAGCAGGCGCUGGUGUUGGCUGUAGUUGGCUGCCCGCAAUAAGGAGAGCGGCAUUCCAAGGACUUAUUGUCGAAUGCAAUGACGAAACGCUGGGGUGCGCUGAAACAUGAAGACGCCGAACGGAAGAAAGAGGUGCAGAGCAAUGGUAUCCUGCUGCCGAUCAGUAAGAUGGUACAAUUUCAACAAAUCAAACUACCCUACACCAUUACCAAAGCCAAGCGGUUGCCACUGAAGAACUCACUCGUUACGCAAACGGUGGAGGUGAUGAAGCAAACGGAGAUGAUCCAGACGCUGAUCGACACCUACUCGACCAAGUCCGGGUGCGGGUACAUCCUGAACCCGUGCCAGCUGAUGCCGACGGUACACUUUCCCGCCAGCAACGUGGCCGACCUGACGCGCAACGAGCGCGUGACGAGACCGUUCUGGUUCGUGCCGUACACGAGUACCCCGUUCACGCGGGGCGAACCGAAAAACCACGUACAGCUGUCGCGAGCCGUCGUCCUGCAGGCCCUGCGGAAGGCCGCCUGCGGGCUACUGUGUAUGGUCGGGUUUUCCGAGAUCAACGAGUCCGCGCUAACGAUGUUUGUGGACGGGCUGGACCAGCACAUGGCCCUGCUCGUGCACAGCCUGCGGGGCGUGAUGGGGAACCAGGCGGACGAGCGCAAUCCAUUGCCGGAUGCGCUGAUGCUGGAACGGAUGCACCAGUGGCUCGAGCGGACCAGCCUGUGCAACCUGCACAACUACGAAAAGCAGCUCACCGCCAAGAAUCGCUACGAGGUGCGCGAGUUUCGUGACAUUUCGGAGGAGUACGAACGGCUGCUGCAGGAGAACCAGCUGACCGUGCAGAGCAUGCAGCAGAAGCUGGGCGAAAUCAAGGAGGAAGAGUACUUGAAUUUCAUCGACUCCCAGUCCCACUCGUCGAACGGUACGAUCCUGGAGGGGACGACGCUGAGCAUCGUUAACUUUAUCAACGGUGAAUCGGUGAAUGGGUUCAAGGAAAUCCUCGAUGGAGAGUUGCUCGAGGCGAAUAGUGCACAGGAGCCGAAGGAUAAAAUGUACCAGCAGGUCUAUCAGGGGCAACACUUUGCCCCAGCAUGAGUUUUACCUACCUGUCUCGGUGCCUGAUGUUCCAUUCGGCCAUAAUUACCGAUCCUAGAUACUUUUUUUUAUACGUUUUAUUUUAAAGACUUUGAGCCUUGGGCCUAUUCUUUCGUCUCUUGCAUUCGUAUGCAGACUCGUAGACUCGUUUUAAUUGAGUGUUUUUGUAAAAAAAAUUCAUCAUUCAUAUAAUAUUUUCAUCAUUCAUCAAGCCAGUAUGCCGAUGAUUGCUUGUGAUGCACCACAAAUGAUUAUUAUUAAAUCAAUGUUGUAUUGUAAUUAUGUAGGUAAUUCAGAUGUACAAUUAUAGACUGAAUAGUGUGAAUAUAAGCAAAUGAUAAUCCCACA